UCAGCCUGGAUGAACAUGGACGAGGGAGAUGAGGUCGGCGGCGAGGACAAUGAAUUAUAUGACAGACUUGAAACUAAACCGAGUCCCUGCGCGCCAAACAAACCUCCAAUCGCCGCCGAGUGUCGUAGACGAGUGGACUACAUGGACUCCACGGAGACCGGUCAGUACUUCGCCAUCCCCUGCAGCUCCCAGGGGCUACUCUGCAUAGAUGACCACAACCUGCUGACCAUUAAUAAGACUUGCGACGACUACGAGGUCCGUUUCUACUGUCCAUUGGUCUGGCCCGAAGGACAGGAACUCUUAAGACAGAAUGACCUGGUCGGACAAGAGCCAUCUGUGCUGACCGGAAAUGGCCCUGAUGUUGACCCCGACGCCGACGGUGCCACUGCCGGGGUCGCUCAGGGCGAAAAAAUAAGGACGAAAUUAACUGCUGGUGGCCAGCAAGAAGCUGGUUGACACAUUAAUGGCAAUAUAGAGGAUUUGAAAACGCCAAGCGUCAGACGAACAGGGCAUUUCGUGUAAGACAAUUUGGUCAUUAGGGACCAUUUCCAGACCUUAUCGUACUAACUGUGGAUCGAUCUAUCUCCA